CAAAGAGCAGAACACAACGACACGGCCAUUGUGAUUGUCAAAAGUGAAUUUUAAAAAGGCAGAUAAUUAUCCUGACAGAGAUUUCCUCCAUCCUGUGCAGAGAUUUGAUUUGAUCCUCCUAAAAGCUGACAAAAAGGAGACAGCUAAAUUAUCAAGGACUCAGAUGGAGACACGACACAAAGAGGAUGGUUGGGCACUCAGAAGGCAAGUACGGCUUCUCUCUUUAUUGUCUUUGUGCUGCUGGGCUGCCUCAGAGCCGAUUCGGUAUUCAGUGCCUGAAGAGAUGGCAAAGGGUUCUGUUGUGGGGAAUCUCGCCAAGGAUUUGGGACUGAGUGCCAGAGACCUUGCUAAACGUAAUCUGCAUGCUGUCUCUGUGACUAAAAUGCAGUAUUUCAGUAUCAAUGCAGAGAGUGGAAACCUCUGUGUAAAUGACAGAAUAGACAGGGAGGGGAUUUGUGGCACAAGUUCAGUUUGCCUUGUUAAUUUUGAGGCAGUGAUAGAAAACCCUCUGAACAUUUUCCAUGUAACUGUAACAAUCCAGGACAUUAAUGAUAACGCACCACAGUUUCUCAAUGGAAAUAUCAAGCUAGAAAUAAUUGAAUCCACUAUGACAGGCACCAGAUUUCUCAUUGGAAAAGCUGAAGAUCCAGACAUUGGGGUGAAUUCCCUCCAGAACUACCAACUCAGCCCCAAUCAGUACUUCAUUUUGGAAGUCAGAGAGAAAGAUGGAAAUAAAUAUGCAGAACUGGUGCUAAAGAAACCAUUAGAUCGGGAAAAGGAGCAGACCCUCCACUUCAUACUUACGGCCCUGGAUGGGGGUGAACCUAGAAAAUCUGGGACUGCCCAAAUAUGGAUUAAUGUCACUGAUGCCAAUGACAACCCACCCAUCUUCACUCAAGAGGUCUACAUGGUUAGUUUGCUGGAGAACGUGCCUGUUGGGUCUCUUGUACUCCAGGUUUUAGCUUCUGAUAAUGAUGAAGGUACAAAUGCUCAGAUCACAUAUCAUUUCAGCAAUCUCCCGGCGAACAGUCAGAAGUUAUUCAGCUUGGAUCCUGUGAAAGGCACCAUCAGUCUACAGGGUACCUUAGACUUUGAAGGAACCAAAGAAUAUACCAUGACAGUAGCAGCAAAAGAUGGAGGAGGAUUAGUGACACACUGCAAUAUUGAAAUAAAGGUUAUGGAUGAGAAUGACAACUCCCCAGAGGUGACCCUGGUUUCCUUAUUCAGCCCCGUUCCUGAGGAUUCUGCACCUGGAACCUUAAUUGCUUUGAUCAAUGUAAAUGACAAAGAUACAGGUGAUAAUGGAAAGGUUACUUGCAGUUUACAAAAUCAUUUGCCAUUCAGGUUGCUUGCCUCUUCUAAUAAUUAUUACAAGCUCCAAACUGACAGCCCCUUAGAUCGAGAAAAAAAUUCUGGGUAUAAUAUUACAAUCACAGCCACUGACAAAGGGAAUCCCCCACUGUCAACACACAAAACCAUCUCAGUAGAGAUCUCUGAUAUCAAUGACAAUUCCCCCACUUUUGAGAAGCCAUCCUACAGCAUCUAUGUUCCAGAAAACAAUCCUUCUGGGGCUUCCAUUUUUAGUCUCAAAGCCUUAGACCCAGACGUGGACCAAAACUCGCGAAUCACAUAUUCCAUCCUCCACAGCAACAUCGAGGAGCUCCCCAUCUCUUCCUACAUCUCCAUUAACUCUGAGACUGGAGCUCUCUAUGCCCAGAGGUCCUUUGACUAUGAGCAGUUCAGAGAGUUUCAGCUGCAAGUGAAGGCCCAAGAUGGUGGUUCUCCCUCUCUGAGCAGCAACGUCACAGCGAGGGUGUUCAUUCUGGAUCGGAAUGAUAACAGCCCACGGAUCCUGUCCCCUUCCCAAGAAGCCAAGGGCUCGGCCUUGUUUGAGAUGGUGCCUCGUUCGGCUGAGGCAGGAUAUCUGGUGACCAAGGUGGUGGCCGUGGAUGCUGAUUCUGGACACAACGCCUGGCUUUCCUACCAUAUCAUUCAAGCCACCGAACCGGCAUUCUUCACCGUUGGCUCUCAUACUGGUGAGAUCAGGACAGCGAGGGCGUUCGUGGAGAAAGAUGCUGCAAAACAGAAACUGGUCAUUUUGGUGAAGGAUAACGGGCAGCCGCCUCUCUCGGCCACCGUGACGCUGAACCUGGUGUUUGCCGAGAACUUUCAGGAGGCCCUUCCCGAAAUGAAAAGCCAACCCAGCAGCUCCGACUAUCAGUCUGACCUGCAGUUCUACCUGGUGCUGGCCUUGGCUUUGAUGUCGUUCCUGUUCCUCUUGACGGUGAUUCUGGCCGUUCUGAUGAAGCUUCGGCGAUCAGGAAACCCCAAAUUCCUGCAGUGCUUUGCUCCUGUUCCCCACUCAAAGGCCGGCGCCAUCUUCCCUCCAAACUUUGAAGAUGGGACUUUGCCGUAUUCCUACCAGCUGUGUCUGUCUUCAGAAUCCAGGAAGAAUGAGGUCACUUUUCUGUCCCCCAAUGUUCAGAUUGCAGGGAAUGUUCUUGCUAGUGACAACUUUAGUGUGCCUUUCACAGCUGCUUUGGAAGAGGUUCGUUAUUCCAUCCUUGAAGAGAUGGCAAAGGGGUCCGUUGUGGGAAAUCUUGCUAAAGAUCUGGGACUGAAUGACAAACAACUGAGAAACAGAAACCUGCACAUUCUUUCUGAAGGUAAAAGGCAGUAUUUCACUAUAAAUGCAGAAAAUGGAAACCUCUGUGUAAAUGAGAGGAUAGAUCGUGAGGGAAUAUGUGGGGACAGCACGCCCUGUGUUAUUAAUUUUGAGGCUGUGGUUGAAAAUCCUUUGAAUGUUUUCCAUAUAAAUGUAGCAAUCCAGGAUAUAAAUGAUAAUGUACCAUAUUUUUUGAAAAGCAAUAUCAAUUUUGAGAUAAUUGAAUCGACUUCAGUGGGAACCAAAUUUUAUCUUGGAAUGGCUGAAGAUCCUGACACUGGGAUGAAUUCUCUCCAGAAUUACCAACUCAGUUCAAAUCAGUAUUUCACCCUGGAAGUUAGAGAGGGAGAAGAGGGAAAUAAAUAUGCAGAACUGGUGCUGAAGAAAGCUCUGGAUCGGGAAGUGGAGCAGAUGCUUCAUUUGAUCCUUCUGGCCUUGGAUGGGGGUGAACCAAGAAAAACUGGGACAGCCCACAUCUGGGUUAACAUCACUGAUGCCAACGACAAUCCACCCGUCUUCUCACAAGACGUAUAUAAGGUCAGCCUGAAGGAAAAUUCUCCUAUAGGAUCCCCCUUCCUCCAAGUUGCGGCCUCUGAUAGUGAUGAAGGUUCGAAUGCUGACGUUACGUACAGUUUUAGCAAUAUUGCAGAAAGAGCCCAUCAGAAACUGAAGUUAGAUCCACAGACUGGAAGAAUCACACUUAAGGAGAUGCUAGACUUUGAGGAGACAGAGAAGUAUAUUAUAGCGAUAGAAGCAAAGGAUGGGGGCGGAUUAGCGGCACACUGUAAAGUUGAAAUUAAGGUCUUAGAUGAGAAUGACAACGCCCCGGAGGUAGUCGUUGCCUCCUUAUUCAGCCCAGUUCCUGAAGACUCUUCUUCUGGCACUGUCGUCGCUCUUAUCAGUGUAAAGGACAGGGAUUCUGGAGAAAAUGGGAAAUGUGAUUGCCAUUUGCAAAAUAAUUUGCCAUUUAAAAUAGUAUCGACAUCUAAUAAUUAUUACAAGCUUCUCACAGAGGGUGCCCUAGACAGAGAGAAAACCUCACAAUACAACCUUACCAUCACAGCCACUGACAAAGGGAGCCCACCCCUUUCCACACGCACAACAAUCUCACUGCAGGUUUCAGACAUCAACGACAAUCCCCCUGCCUUUGAAGAUUCUUCCUACAAUCUUUUUGUGCCAGAAAACAACCCUUCGGGUGCCUCCAUUUACAUCGUCAGAGCCUCAGACCCAGAUGAGGACCGCAACUCAAGGAUCACUUACUCCAUCCUCUCCAGCAACAUCGAAGAUCUGCCCCUGUCCUCUUAUGUGUCCAUUAACUCUGAGACUGGCACCAUCUACGCACAGCGUUCCUUUGACUACGAGCAGUUCCGUGAGUUUCGGGUUCAAGUGAAGGCCCAAGAUGGUGGGGCUCCCCCUCUCAGCAGCAACGUCACGGUGUGGGUGUUUGUUCUGGAUCGGAACGAUAACAGCCCCCGGAUCCUGCAUCCUUCCAAAGGAGCUGAUGGCUCAGCCUCGUUUGAGAUGAUUCCUAACGCAGCAGAGUCAGGCUAUCUGGUGACCAAAGUGGUGGCUGUCGAUGCUGACUCUGGACACAAUGCCUGGCUCUCCUUCCACCUUCUCCAGGCCACAGAACCAGCACUGUUUAACAUUGGGCUUCACACAGGGGAGAUCAGAACAUCACGAGUCCUUCUGGAGAAAGAUGCUGUGAAACACAAGCUGGUCGUCUUAAUUAAGGACAAUGGGACGCCCUCUCUCUCGGCCACUGUGACGUUGAACCUGGUGUUUGCCGAGAACUUUCAGGAAGCACUUCCAGAAAUGAGCAACCAAUCAAGUGACUUGGACCACCAGUCUGAACUCCAGUUUUAUUUGGUACUCGCUUUAUCUUUGAUCUCGUUCUUAUUUCUCCUGACUGUGACAUUUGCCAUUAUAAUGAAAGUACGACAGUCAGGAAAUCCCAAAUUCCUUCACUGCAUUGGUCCAAAUUCGUUCCCAAAAAACAAUGGCACAUUCCCACCCAACUAUGAAGAAGGGACUUUGCCCUAUUCCUACCAGCUCUGUUUGUCUUCUGAAUCCAGGAAAAAUGAACUUACCGUUCUGACACCAACUGUUCAAAUUGUGGAGAACGUUUCUUGCCGUAGAUCCAGUGAGCCCUCUAGCUACAUCAUAGGGAACAACUUAAAUUCUGAUGUACAAAAUGAUGACCAGUACACCCCCAAAUACACGCUUCCAUAA